AUGGUGAGCCGGCCCCGCGCCGCCCCGCGCCAUGUCCCGCCGCCCGCCGCGAUGUUCGAGCGCGGCCGCCGCGCGCGCAGCCUCUGGGGCGGCGUGAGGCUGGAGGUGGGCGGCGAGCGCGGCCCCGUGGUGCUCAGCAGCUUCACGCAGCUCGACCCCGACCUGCCGCCGCUGGAGAGCUCCACACAGGAGAUCGGUGAAGAGCUGGAGGAUGGCGUGAUCUACAGCAUCUCGCUGCGGAAGGUGCAGCUGCAUCACACGGCCAACAAAGGGCAGCGCUGGCUGGGGUUCGAGAACGAGUCUGCCUUGAACCUCUACGAGACGUGUAAGGUGCGGACGAUAAAAGCCGGCACCUUGGAGAAGCUCGUGGAGUACCUGGUCUCGGCCUUCAAGGGCAAUGACUCUACCUACGUCACCAUCUUCCUGUGCACUUACCGGGCCUUCGCCACCACCAAGCAAGUGCUGGACCUGCUGCUUAACAGAUAUGGCAAACUCCACGCGCAGUCGAACGGGGACCACGCCAGGCACACUGUGGACGAGAGGAUGGAGCUGAAGAACACCAUCUCCUCCAUCCUGGGCGCCUGGCUGGACCAGUACUCGGAGGACUUCCGCAAGCCCCCGGACUUCGCCUGCCUCAAGCAGCUCAUCUCCUACGUGCGCCACAACAUCCCCGGCUCGGACCUGGAGCGCCGAGCUCGCAUCCUGCUCCACCAGUUUCAGCAGCAAGAGCAUAGCGAGGCCGAGGCAGAAGCUGUGGAGCACGGCAGCUGCCCCUUCCAGCUGGCCGAGGAGAACGGGCUCAGCGAGGGCAAGUCCGACUUCCUCUCCUUCUCACCAGAGAUGGUGGCGGAGCAGUUCACGCUGAUGGACGCCGAGCUGUUUAAGAAAGUGGUGCCUUACCACUGCCUGGGCUGCAUCUGGUCGCAGCGAGACAAGAAAGGCAAAGAGCAUCUGGCACCCACCAUCCGCGCCACCGUCUCCCAGUUCAACAGCGUGGCCAACUGCGUCAUCGCCACGUGCCUUGGGGACCGCUCGCUGAAGCCGCAGCAGAGAGCCAAAGUGGUGGAGCGGUGGAUUGAAGUGGCUCGGGAGUGCCGCAUCCUGAAGAACUUCUCCUCCCUCCGAGCCAUCCUCUCAGCUCUGCAGUGCAACGCAGUUCACCGGCUAAAGAAGACCUGGGACGAGGUGCUACGGGAGAGCUUCCGCACCUUCCACGAGCUCUCAGAAAUCUUCUCUGAUGAGAACAACCACUCUCUGAGCCGGGAACUCCUCAUCAAGGAGGGCACGUCCAAAUUCGCCACCUUGGAGAUCAACCCCAAGAGGGCUCAGAAGCGGCAGCAGCAGCAGCGGGAGAUGGGCGUGAUGCAGGGCACCAUUCCCUACCUCGGCACCUUCCUCACAGACCUGGUGAUGCUCGACACCGCCAUGAAGGACUUCCUGGACGGAGGGCUGAUCAACUUUGAGAAGAGAAGGAAGGAAUUCGAAGUCAUUGCCCAGAUCAAGCUGCUUCAGUCGGCCUGCAACAACUACAGCUUCACGCAGGAGGACCAUUUUGUGGACUGGUUCCACAGCCUGGAGCGGCUGAGCGAGGCCGAGAGCUACGGGCUGUCGUGCGAGAUCGAGCCUCUGUCGGAGUCGGCCAGCAAUACGCUGAAGACGAAGAAAAACACGGGCAUCAUCAAGCGAUGGAGCGACCGGCAGCCACCGAGCACCGAGCCCUGCGCCAGCGGCAGCUCCCACUCCAAAUCCUUCGACCAGCUCAAGUGCGGGCAGUACCUGUGCAGCGGGGACACCACCGACUCGGUGAGCGUCACGUCCGCCGGCUCCAGCAGCUCCGACGUGGAGGAGAUCAACAUCAGCUUCAUCCCCGAGUCCCCCGACUGCCAGGAGAAGAAGCGCUCGCACGCCCCGUCUCCAGCUGACGGAGGAGCUAAACCCACCGUGUCCUCUCCGUCCCCUCUCCUCCCUGCUCUCCAGUUCUGGGAAUCCACCUCUCUCUCCUCCCUGGACACUUCGGGGAUCGGCUCAGGCUCCAGCAGUGCCUCGUCCUCUUCCGUCUCCUCCACGCCGGUGACGGCCUCCCGUACCCAUAAGCGCUCCGUCUCUGGCAUCUCCAGCUAUUCAUCUCUCUCGCUGCCCCUCUACAACCAGCAGGUCGACGACUGCUGCAUCAUCCGUGUCAGCCUGGCCGUGGACAACGGCAACAUGUACAAGAGCAUCCUGGUGACGAGCCAAGAUAAGACACCAGUCGUUAUUCGCAAGGCCAUGGCCAAACACAACUUGGAUGGGGACCGUCCUGAAGAUUAUGAGCUUGUCCAGAUAAUCUCGGAGGAGAGAGAGCUCAAAAUCCCCGACAACGCCAACGUCUUCUACGCCAUGAACUCUGCCGCCAACUAUGACUUCGUGCUCAAGAAGAGGGGCUUCUCAAAGGGCGUGAAGAUCAAGCACGGCUCCAGCUCCACCCUGCCCCGCAUGAAGCAGAAAGGCCUGAAGAUCGCCAAGGGCAUCUUCUAGCUCCAGCCCCACUGCCACCCCUCACCGACAGGGCCUUGGGGCCCCGCUGCUCCGGGCCACGUGGU